AAGUUUCCUCAUAGAGUCUGACUUUCAACUAGUAUGCUCGCAUCGAUCCAUUCAUGCGUGGCAGCGCUGAUGGGUGUCGGCAUUUCGCUGUGAGUGGUGGUCCACACGGCAACGGGGGUGUGCAGCGGCGGCCAUGGUCCGCACGGGGGCUUGUCUUGCUCGACAGCAGUGUGGUCGGACGCUUGCACGGAGAGGCAGACCACGUGGCGCAACCCUCCGUCCCCUCCGGGACGUCGCGUGAAGAGCCUAUGUCCCCGCACCAUCCGAGCAUACUUGUGCCACCACCUGCAUCGGACCCUGCUACUGGUAGCUUCGCCGUCCACCCACCCGACCUCCAAGCUAUGGAGCUAGACAAGACGGGCACGCCGUCUGCAAUCGGAAAUGGAGAUAGCACCACUCCAAGGACGGGCCUGUAUUUUCACGGACGAAGGAAAACCGAGGCCGGGUUCCGCCUGACGCCGCCACCGGUCGUGGAGAAGCCGAUGGCCUUCCAUGGGGUGCUGCCGAGCGCAUCCCGCGCUGCCAACUCGCCGCCCCUUGCUGCUCCUGCCAGUGAAAAGCGACCCGAGGCCGAGCACAACGGAACAACGCACUCAGCAGGGAGUAUGCUAGAGCGGGACCAAGGAGCCAGCAAUGCCUACACGACGCAGGACCGCAGCGUCGCUGCCACCGACUCGCGGGCCUCUUUGCGGAAGCGGGCGAUUAAUCCGUGCGUCUGCGAGAACGGCACGCCUUUUCCUUAGUAUUCGCGCGAAAAUGUGGGUCGAGAUAAACGAUGCAGCAUCUAGCUGCGUUAAUUUGAAAGUAGCUUUCCACAAAAAUAGCAUACAGCAUUUUUCCAUGCUGCGGACGAGUAAGACGCCACAUCAUUUUUUAUGCCGCAGCAGAUUUCUAUCGAUUCCUUUUUAUUAGAGGUAGUAGAGCUACACUGACUGGUGAUUUAGAUUUUGGCCGCAUACUCGAUCCCUGAUUUUCGUUCAAUAUCAUCGGUGCUUGGUGCAAUGGUGUGCUACCAGACGUGACGCGGUGCGCUUCCUGCAACCAAGGCUGGCAUCGUCAAGAUGAUUUCGACAAGCCGAAUUGGUUGUCCUGCCAGCCGAACACAUGCGUUUGCGAAGACGGAGACGGUGCGAGCAUCGGCACGCCCGCCACAGGAUAUUUUUGUCCCGAGAACGGCGGAAAUUUCUGCUCCGCGUGCGUCACUGGGCGCCACGUGCAUGACACCUUGGGCGAGAAUUUUCUUAAAUGCAUUUGGAAUGAAUGCACCUGCAGCAACGGCGACGCGGCCACGAAGGCAGCGUGUACAGCGCACGGACUCGAAAGGUGCGGAGUAUGUCAUACCGGGUACGUUCUGGACGACGGGCUCUGCGGGAAGGAAGGUUACAAGUGCAAGUGCGACACUGGAACGACCGUUCCGAAGGGGGACGCGCGGUGUCCCAGCAACGGCGCUGUUUAUUGCACCGCCUGCAACAACGGCUACUACCUGCAGGGGAACCAGUGCAAGCUCAACCACUGCACGUGCGACAACGGGGACGCAACGACCGGAACGGACUGUCCAAGCAACGGCGCCCAGCGGUGCAAAAUUGACGAGUGCCACGCCGGGUACCAUUUCCAAGGCGAUUUUGCAGUAAAGGAUCCUCCUUGGGGGACCUGCCAGCCGACAACCUGCACAUGCCCACACGGGACUGGGGCAACCGGCGCCGCGUGUGUGACGCAUUUGUCGCUGCAGUGCGAAACGUGUAAAAAAGGCUACAGCCUGCAGGAUAAAUCCUGCGUUGCCAAUAUCUGCAAGUGCCCGAACGGGACGCCGUUUCCGCCUGGAAGCGAGUGGUGCGGCGAACAUAUCAUGAUGAUGAAAGAAAAAAGUCGCUUGGAGCGAAUGCGCUCUUGCAUUUUGCGGUUCGCAUUGAACAGUAGUACUACCUAGUGCUGCAAAUACAUUACACCGAAAUCCUAGUCAAUGUCCGUUGUAGUUCUGUUUGCUGAAAACUGUCAAACUAAGGAAUAUUUGGUGAAUAUCUAUGUGGAACCAGCAGAGACGAGAAGCAACAGUAGCAAAAACGAAAUAGAGCACGAGCACCAGCACGUGCAUGAACAGCAGGUGACGACAGGCAUUACGCUCUGCAAUAUCCCACGACGGAACCUCCUGCGAGUCUUGCGAGCAGGGGUGGCACCGGCAGGACAACCCCGACGAGCCCGGAUGGCUUUCCUGCGUCGAGAAUGUCUGCACUUGUGCAAAUGGGCAAGUCGCGACCGGGCCAUUCUGUUCUGAACACGAUCCAGACAACCCCAAAACCGCGUGCAGCUCUUGUAAUGAUGGCCUGCACGUUCAUGACGUCAUGGGCCCAGAUUUCCUUAAAUGUGUGACGAACCAGUGCACCUGUGCGCAGGGGACGCCGGCCGUGGGUACCGCCUGCCCCGUGCACCAGACCGAAAAGUGUGUCGAGCCAUGCAACGGCGGCUACGUAUUCGAAACUGUGAGUGGGCACGGCAUGUGCAAUCCCGAGGUUGGUAAGCAGUGUGUCUGCGGGAACGGAGUCCCCGUGGCCAAGGGUAGCUCGCUGUGUAAAAACGAGGGCGAUGUCGUUUGCGCGUCGUGCUAUCGCGGCUUCCGAGGUUUGACCUGCGAAGAGAAUGUGUGCCCCUGCGCGCACGGGACGCCUUACAAGGGUAAGGACUGCAAAGACGGCGAUCCCCUGGUGCUGUGUUGCGAGACAGAGGGGAUCACGAGGUGUAAAUCCUGCGAGAGCGGUUACCGCAUUCAAGAUGACUUCAACAAGCCCGACGUGUUCAGUUGCCAGCCCAUGCAGUGCGAGUGCGAAAACGGUUUUGGCGCAAGUGGCCCACCGGCGUGCCUGUCGGAGGGUGAUCAUGCGUGCAGCAUGUGCAACAUCGGCUUCGAGAAGAGCUCAGAAACUUGUCAUGCUGAGCCAGCAUCUGUAGCCUCAUCAUGAGACGCCACCCAGCAUCACAAGUUUCCAGACCCAGACAUUUUUAC